AUGGCGACAUCCUCACUUCCCUGCGCGAACUGCAGCCUAGAUGGCGCCAAUUGUCAGAACACUGGCAAGUCUAGCUGCGCUAAAUGCCGUCUUGUUGUCUACUGUAGCUCCGAGUGCCAGAAGUCUCACUGGCCCAUCCACAAGCUCGACUGCAAAUCCGCUUUGAACAGCGAUGCUUGGAAGCCUGGAUGGGUUCUGCAGAAUCGAAUUCCAGCUUUCGCCCCAGGCAGCCAAGUCCCAACCAGAAAUGGUCUCGGAGGGGAUACUUGGAUCUUUGGGAGUGUCCCAGCUCUUGAUGUUCUCAAGCUUGACGGGAAUGAAGGAGAAUCCCUCCAAAAGAGUUUAUCUCUUCUCUUUGCUGCCUCAGGCGACCUGCGAAAUGUCGUCAAGACCAUCGCUCAACUUGCUCCAGGCUGGGAUCAGCCCCUCCACAUCACCAUAAGCGAUCGUGACCUGAACAUCGUUGGUCGAAAUGCAAUCAUUCUUCUUAUUGCUCUUACAUCUGACGACGAUGAACAAGCUGUCGACUGCAUCAUUCAUACGUGGUACUCAAGCUUCAUCCGCAAGUCUGACCAAGUCGUCCUUGAGCAGCGCAUCCGUCCGCUCAUCCAGGCGGUCUGCGACAAGAUAAAGGACAAGCCUGAUAACCGCAUUUUGGGUAAGACGUGGGUUUUCGGGAAGCGAUCUCUCAGACUGGUUCUCGCCAAGGGGACUUGGGACAAGCUCUUGUCCUCCGUCAGUACCGCCAACGGUCUGAACAUGGAGAUAGCGAACCAGUUUCGAAAGGCCGUGACUCUUGCCGAGUCCCAACGCGACUUUCUCGAUCGCCAUUACGCGUUCCUCCCACCCUCUCAUCGAGUCGCUAAGCAGCGAUUUCGGGAGCAUGGAGUCCUUCAACCCUUUGGAGUAGGACGAAGCGAGUUUACGAUCCCGAAUCCGACACUCUUCCAUUCUCCAUGCUCGUGGCCAAUGGAGUAUUCCUGCGAACCGCUAGAUGGGUGGUCUGCGAAAGACGUUGAAAUGACUCAGCAUGGUCCUGCAACCUCCGACAUCUACGGUAAACUCUUCACCUACCUUCGCUCAGUCCUGAAGCACUUCAUUUCAUGUAUUGCAAACAAACGGAUCACCUUUCAGCUACUCCACUUGAAUGCUACCGACCUUCUUGACCAUCUCAAGAAGGGGUCAUUUGACCGCAUCGAGGUAUCCAAUAUUUCGGACAAGUCUUAUCUCGGCAUCAAUAUGACGGUUGCUGUGAUGGCACCCUUGCUUCGCUCACCUACAGUCAAUCCUCACGCAACACUUAUCACACGCUUCAUGGACGCCAUCCAGGAAAAUAUGACAAGUGAGGAUCGUGUUGGCCCGACUCCUGAGUCUGACAAACAUGAAGAAAUGGUGGCGCUCCUCGACGGUUACUUUCCCGAAACUGCCCUGCCUACUACAACCUGGGAUGCAAUUAUCGUCAAGUUCGUACUUGCUUCGGAUUUGAUCCGAACCUUUGACCACAUUUUCGACAAGAUUGCACACAAACUUGAGUUUGAUGAAUUUCCGGAGUAUAUGAAGAUCGGGAUCAAAGACGAGCACACCAUCAUCGAGAAAUGGCCUUUUAGAAUCAAGCUAAAGCAGGGACAGGCGGGUGCGCAGGAGGAGUUUGAUCGCAUGAUGGGAGCGGGAGUGACUGGAAAGGAGUUCUACUUAGAGUGGAAAAGGGUCUAG